AUGAGCGAGCUGAAGAAGGAUACACAACUCUUUAUUUUUCAUGCUCAAGCCCAGUUUUCAGCACCUAGAAUGCGUGGAGGUAGCUCCGUCGGUACCGGAACUACCAGUAAUGGUCUCACCUCUACCGUAGACAGUUUACCCGGAAAAGGCCAUCUUCACACUUUGGAAAUCGAGAAUUUCAAAUCUUACAAAGGAAAGCAUAUUAUCGGCCCAUUCAGCAGAUUUACUGCUAUUAUUGGACCGAAUGGAUCUGGAAAAUCGAAUUUGAUGGAUGCAAUUUCCUUUGUUCUCGGAGAACGGCCAACCAGUUUGCGUGUCAAGAAAUAUACUGAUCUCAUUCAUGGAGCUCCGAUUAACAGACCAGUUGUCCGGAGUUUUUUUUUCCCGGAGUUUUUUUUUCCCCGGAAUUUCCGGGGUCUCAGUGCUCUAAUAAUGCUUUCGAGACCUUCUGCAUGUUUUUCGAAAGAAUCUACUGAAAACGAGCAGCUUGCAGCCGACUGCGAAGCGUACAUCGCCGAAUUUUUCUCCGGAAGAGGCUUGAUUAGUCAACGAGCUCCAGAUGAAGAGCAAAGAAAGAUGCAUGAUAAAAAGUACAAUAAAGAGGUCUUCUAUGACGAUAAAGACACCGCAGAAGGAAAACCAGUCUACAAAAAAUAUCGAGAAGAGCACACAAAUCAACGAUCGAACUGCGAUGCUCAGUACAUCAACAAUCUCCACGUCUAUUACGGAGAUGGUAGUAAGCUGAAACCGCUUCCUAAGCUGGGACAUUAUGCAGUUGAUUUCAUUAAUCCACACAACGCAGAAACGGAGACGACGACGCAAUUGAAAAGUCUGGAAGUGUUUCGGAGCAAAAAGGCGGUGGCGAUGUGGGUGAAAGAGCAUCGGAAACGGGGAUUUAUGAAAGCGGACCGGCAGAGAUCGCUAUCUUGUACUGAGCUGGAUAUUGAUUUUGUCCCGGCCAAUCUGAAUGCAAGGAAUAAGGUGGAUAAGUUCGGAACGAUUCGAAAUUUGGAUGAAGACUACAAAACACCACCUAACUCAGGAGAUUUACCCGACUACGAACUAUAUUUCAAUGUCUCGGUCACUGCGAACUUUAUGAUUUCGCGAAUCAACGCCUUCGAUCAUAAAGUUGGAUAUCUGGAGAUUGGAAAGGUUUUAUUCAGUACUGAACGAAUGUGUGCAUACAUGAUUCCGAAGAAAUAUGACACGAAAAUCAUGUUGAAGGAAUUUUCGGAGUUUUUUAAAAAGUGGUUCGAUAAACUUCCCCAAGAGAGAAAAGCGACAUUUGGUACUGAUGAAGAUGCUAUGACAAAGACGAAAUUUGAAAAACGCCGAAAUAAUUCGCCUGCUUAUUUUUGGAGAGUGAACGUCAUUUUGUGUCUCCCCGAGUUCGAAUCUGAAGGCACAAUGUUUCGAAGAGCUCGCCACGUGUGUCAUGUGCCGAAAUCCCAACCCAGACGAGAUAUUUACUUUGAAAUCGACACGGGAAUGUUGCGGACGGUGGAGACGUGCAAAGAUCGCGUCAGGCGGAUGCCACAGGAGUUUGCGCGCGUGCCGACUCCGAUACUCGAAGUUCGAUUUGAAGGAGCAAAGACUGACGAAGAUGUGCGGGAUCGGAUUGCUGAGGUUCGAAAGACUGGAAGCAUUUACAUCGGUCGUUUCGAGUGUGGGAACCGUGCGAAAGAGCAAAAUAAUUAUAUGGGCAAGCAAUUUGGAAUCAAAUGGUCUGAUUUGGAGACUGUCGUGGCUCUUCCAAUCAAGAAGUAUCCUCCACCACCGCUAACUACCCUUUUCUGUGGAGAGAGAGAUUGUAUGGGCUUGUGCUGCACCGACAAAUAUCUCGAAAAGACUGAAAUCCUACAAGUGCCGACACACGUUUCAAUGACAUGGGUGGCUGAUAAACACGAAGCGAAAAAGGGUUUCCACUACGAGAAGACGACGUCUCCCAAAAAGAAGUAUUAUCCUUCAAACCCGAGCCCGAGUUAUCUGAAACCCGCCAUUGUUAGCUCCUUCUUCCAGUAG